GAAGCUUACCAGCGCCAGUAUGAGGACUAUUUCUCAUGGGAAGCCUUGCAGGAGGACGAAUUUGGUCGAUUGCGCCCUCUGGACUUCAGGGAAGAGCAGCGUGCAAAGCGCCGGCGCCUGUUGAGCGCUGCAGCUACAGCAUGCAUACGACGUGGCAUGAUCCGCUACCUCCAGAUCAUUGUGGACCUCUCCAGGGCGGCCUCAAUCGGGGAUAUGCGGCCCAACAGGCUGGCAGUCAUGUCAGGCGUGCUGCAGGGUUUCAUCCGCAAGUUUUUCGACGAGAACCCGCUGUCGCACCUGGGCAUCAUUGUCAUGCGUGACGGCAUCGCUCAGCGGCUCACUGACAUGGCCGGCUCACCAGAGGCGCACAUUUCAAAGCUGCAAGGGAACCUGGAUGCCAGCGGCGAUGCCUCCCUGCAGAAUGCAAUGGAUAUGGCAGCAGAGUCUCUCAAGUCCAUACCGCCAUAUGGGCACCGAGAGGCAUGCCCACAAAUUCUCCUCAAGCCUGCCCACCUCCUGGUUCUGGUGCUAUUUGCAGCGCUGUCCACGUGCGACCCUGGGAAUGUUCUGGAUGCAGUCAAGGCAGCCAAGCAGAACAGCAUCCGCGUGUCCAUUGUGGGAGUUGCGGCGGAGGUGCACAUCUGCAAAGUCUUCACUAAGGAAACAGGGGGCACGUACGGUGUGGCGCUGAACGAGAAGCACUUUGAGGACUUGGUCUUUGAGCAUGCUCCGCCUCCACCUUCCCUCGCCACCGAUGCAGCCGCUUCCCUGGUGCGGAUGGGCUUUGCGCACCGCAACCAAGACGGCGUGGAGGGCACGGCGUUCAUCGGCAAGGAUUGCAAGCUCUCUAGCGGCGGCUUCACCUGCCCCAGGUGCAAGGCUAGGGUGGUGGACCUGCCCUGCAGCUGCCACAUCUGCGGCCUGACCCUCAUAUCUUCGCCCCACCUGGCCAGAUCAUACCACCAUCUCUUCCCAGUCAAAGCCUUCACCGAGGGGGAUAGUGGCGCUGUGUCCUGCUAUGCCUGUUUGGCAGAUCUGGAGCCCAGUUCCUUGGAUGAUGACGCACCUGGAGAGGUGGGCGUGGUUGUGCGCUGCCCAGAUUGCUGCCAGCUGUUCUGCUUUGACUGUGAUGCUUUCAUUCACGAGACCCUGCACAACUGCCCGGGGUGCCUCUGCUUGGUGGACGAUGAUGUUGCAGAGGAUGGUACUCUCGAUGAGCAUCCAGCAGCCAUGGAAGAAGGGACUGUGGAAGAAAGCAUGUAA